CCUACUCUUCCUGUCAGUGCAGUGUUAUAUACUCGAAUUUCUUUUUGCAUUUCAGGGUCGCCUCUCCGCCGCAAUCGGCUCGCUCGGUUUCAGGAGUGCAUUGCAGUGUUCCAAUCGCCGGUCCUAGCCAAAGCGCCACCAUGGUUGCAGCCAAGAAGACCAAGAAGACUCAUGAGAGCAUUAACAAUAGGUUAGCUCUUGUUAUGAAGAGUGGAAAAUACACAUUGGGAUACAAAACCGUCCUCAAGUCCCUCAGAAGCUCGAAAGGGAAAUUGAUUAUCAUUGCCAACAACUGUCCUCCACUCAGGAAGUCGGAAAUAGAGUACUAUGCUAUGUUGGCGAAGGUUGGUGUUCACCACUACAAUGGAAACAACGUAGAUUUGGGGACUGCUUGUGGUAAAUAUUACCGGGUAUGCUGCCUCAGCAUUAUAGAUCCUGGCGAUUCUGAUAUCAUUAAGAGCAUGCCGAGCGAUCAGUAAGACAGGCAAUGGAUGGCGAAAUUUCUGCUGGCAGUGAUGUUUUUGUAUUUCUCAAGAAAAAUGAAAAUGUCAUUGUUUGCAAAAUUUUCUAAUCUAUUUUGGCAUUGUUCAAUGAAAAACAUCUCUGUUAUAACAACCUGUCUAGUAUGGAGUGCUAUUUUUGUUUUCCCGUUCCUUAUGUUCAUUCAAGAUACCUGUUUAACCUCCCAGUUCCCAGACUUAGUUUUCAGAUACAGUAUUCUCUU